GAGGACUUCUGCAAGCUCAAAUAAAGGUUACUCGAACUCUGUGUUGUGACUGCAUUGUCUUUUCCUUGAAUAAGAAUUGUGACCGUACAAUUACUAGGCCUAUUUUCACGUUCAGACUGGCAGGUUGACAAAUGCUGUAGUACUUCACAUGCUGACAUCCAAGGCAGCAGUAAGGAUGAAGUGUAUGGACUAAAGUGUUGGAAUAAUGGAUGAGCCUGAGGAUUCCAUUGCUGUUAUUGGAAUUGGAUGUAACUUUCCUGGUGGUGAAGGGGUAGACAACUUUUGGAGGGUCCUUGUGGAAGGGAGGAACUGUGCAAGUGAUAUCCCAACAGAAAGGUUCAACUCCACUCUUUGGUAUGAUCCUGAUGAUAGCAAACCUGGGAAAACACAAACUCAGAAGGCUGCCUUUAUUAAUGGAUUUAAUGAAUUUGACCACAAGUUUUUUGGCAUCCCUGAAGCAGAGGCUAACUUCAUGGACCCUCAGCAAAAACUUCUACUCCACUGCACCUACAGAGCCUUGGAAGAUGCUGGGAUAUCAAUGGAGAGCAUAAGUGGAAGCCGAACUGGUGUUAUAAUAGGUCUGAUGAAUCGAGACUACGAAACUCUUAAAAGUGACAACUGUUCGACUAUAAACCACUACAAUGCCACUGGAACGGCCAUGAGCAUCGCUGCCAACAGAAUUUCAUUCACCUUCAACCUAACUGGGCCUUCCUUUGCAAUUGACAGUGCAUGUUCUUCAUCUCUGGUGGCUUUGCAUUUGGCCUGCCAAUCUUUGAAACAAGGGGACUGUGAGAUGACUUUCUGUGGUGGGGUUAGCUGUAUCAUAGAGCCAAGAGUGUUUGUUGCUCUUAGUAAAGCUAAAAUGAUCUCCCCAGAAGGAAUUAGCAAACCCUUUUCCACCAAAGCAGAUGGAUAUGGAAGAGGAGAAGGCUGCGGGGUUGUUCUGCUCAAACCACUGAAAAAUGCCAUUUGUGACUGCAACAAAAUAUGGGGCGUUAUCAGCAAGACAGCGGUAAACCAAGAUGGCCACCAUGUUAGCCCCAUCACCAGGCCUUCAAUGUUGCAACAAGAGAAGUUGCUUUGUCAAAUCUACUCCAAAGAUGACCUGGCAAAUGUCCAAUACAUUGAAGCACAUGGGACCGGAACAGCGAUAGGAGAUCCAACUGAGGCUGGUAGCAUCGCAAAUGUCAUUGCUAAAGCUAAGUCUGCUACAGACAUGUUAAAGCUAGGUUCUGUAAAGGGGAACAUUGGACACACAGAAUCUGCAGCAGGAGUUGCUGGACUUAUCAAGGUACUUCUAAUGAUGAGGCAUGAAACUUUUGUACCUUCUUUGUUUUUUUCGGACGAAAAUGCUAACAUAGAUACCAAAACUCUGAAAUUGAAUAUUUUGACUAAAGUUGAAAGAUGGGAGACGAAUGGGUGUUCAGAAAGGGUUGCUGGGAUUAAUAGCUUUGGGUUCGGAGGUACAAAUGCACAUGCGAUUGUGAAGGAGUACAAACACAGGUCUAUUCCAAAGCAAAUACCAAAAACUUGUCCAAAACCCUUUGUAAUUUCAGCUGCAACAGAGAAAUUGCUACAAGUAUCUAUUAGCAACAUUCAACAAAAACUUAGUAGCAAUAAUACGAUGGACUUGCAAGAGCUGUCAUACACUUCAGCUUGUGGACGGAGUCACUCAAAGCAUGAAUAUAGAAAAACACUCUUAGCCACUUCCAGUUCUGAGCUUCAACAACAACUUGCAAUAAAAACAAAAGUUGAGUCAACCAAACCAGAAAUCAAGGUAGUUUUUGUGUUCUGCGGAAAUGGAGUAGCGUACCGAGGGAUGUGUAGCCAGCUGCUAAGAUUUGAACCAAUUUUUAGAGAGAAGAUUAUGGAAGUUGAGAAAGCUUUCAGUAAAUACAAAUACAUCAACAUUAGCCAGAAGUUAGCUGGUGAUAACGUAGAGAAUGAUUUUAGCAGGCCAGAUGUGGUGCAGCCACUAGUUUUUGCGCUUCAGGCAGGUAUUGUUACACUUCUAAAAGAGUGGGGCAUCAAACCUGACAUAGUUCUCGGUCACUCUGUUGGUGAGGUGGCAGCUGCUUACUGUUCUGGCCUCUUGUCUCUUGAAGAUGCUGUCAAAGUGAUAUAUCAUCGAAGUGUUCUUCAGAAUACGGUUAGGGGUGGAAAAAUGCUUGUUGUUGGUAAUGUAGCAAUGGAAGAUGUCCUAACAGCUCUAGCUGAAUUCAAGAAUAGUGUCUGCGUAGCUGCUUACAACAGUCCUCAGUCUUGCACUUUGUCUGGGGAGGAAGACGCUAUAGAUAUCUUGCAUCAAAAGUUAGCAAUCAUGUUUGCAGAUAGAAAUGUGUUUCUCUAUUUGUUAGAUGUCCCAGCAGCAUACCAUAGUCCUAAAAUGGACCCGAUACUAGAUCAGAUUGAAGGGAGCAUUCAAUCAUUAAAAGCCAACAACAACGAAUGCCAACUUUUUUCUACAUUGACGGGAAAGAGGAGUUCAGUUGGUGACUUCUGCACAGGAAGCUAUUGGGCAAAGAAUGUGCGGCAACCUGUAUUGUUUACCCAAACCUUGUUAGCAGUAACACAGAAUCAGACAUCUUUGGAAAAUAUGGUCUUUUUAGAGAUCAGCCCUCGCAAGGUUCUACAGAGAAGCAUCCAUGAAACUUUAGGAGGACGUCACACUGUUUUAUCUUGCACAGAGCCUGAGAAAGAUAGCCGAACCAUUCUGUCCACUGUUGCAAAGCUUUUUGAGUUGGGUGUAAAUGUAGAUUGGCAUAAAAUUUACAAGGGUUGUGAGACAAUACCAUUAGAGCUCCCAGGCUAUCCUUUUCAGACAAUGAAGAAUGAGAUGUGUUUUGAACAUCUAAGAAAAGGCAACCAAAUAUCUAGGUCUUCACAUCCUCUUAUAAAUCCAGGUGAGCAUAGUAAUAUAUUUGUGUGCAACCUUUCACUAGCUGCAAUGUCAUAUCUGUGGGAGCACAAAAAUAAUGGUGCCGCUAUUGUACCUGGUUCAUUUUAUGUUGAGCUGGCUUAUGCAUCAAUUCUAUUCAGUGCUAAACCCAAAAUGCCAGUAUCUUCACUCCAGCUUGGCAUAGAUUUUCAAACUUUGUGCUACCUUGGUUCAGAUAACCUUCAGUUAAAAGUGAAACUUGAUCAGUCAGAGAAACAAUGUACAUUCUAUAUUGAUUCUUCAGUUUCAACACAUGCAUCUGGUACCUACAGGUGCUCAGAUGGAGACCCAUUGUUAGAAGAAUCAAGCAUUUGUCUUGACACAAUCUCUCAAAGGUGCACAUCUGAAAUCAAGAGCAAUAAAAUGUAUUCAACCCUUGGGCAAGCAGGUUUCGAGUAUGGUGACAUAUUCAAACUGCACCAUCAUGUUUACUAUGGGGGUAAAUACAAAGAGGCAAUAGCCCCAAUACAGGUCCCUGAGGAACUUUUGAAAGACUUCCAUGAGUACUUCAUUCACCCUGUACUACUUGACUAUUUUCUACAAAUGACUGCAGUUGUGGCUAUGCAAGAGUUAACAGCUAAGCAAGGGUACCCAACAGCCAUUGAUAGCAUUGUAAUCACAGGACCUCUACAAAAACAAAUGCUUAUGUAUCUAAGAGCAUCUAAAGUCAACCCUGAUUUUUUGGAGGUAUGUGGAUGUUUUUCCAACACAGAAGGAAAAGUGCUAGUUGAACUUAAAGGAGUGAGAAUCUCAUUUAUGAAUCCUUCUUCCAUUGUUCAGCAGUCACUGUUUUUCCACAAUGAAACUUUGUCAAUCACCUCAGAACAGUCCUCACUAAGCAAGAUAAAAUGCAUCCUUUUUGAAGACAAAUUAGGUUUUGCAAAAGCACUCAGACCUUUUUUGGACCCUGAGUCUAUUUCUGUGGAGCAAAGACCACACUGGACACCAAAAAGCAUCAAAGAUCUAGUUUUGACCUCAAAAUGCAUUCUAAACGAUGUCAUAUUUAUGUGGGCUGUAGAGGACCUCAGUCACAUGACAUCAGAGAAGACAUUAGAAGUAUUGGUUGAUUGUUGUAUGCAGUUUCAACAAAUUAUUUUAGCAUUGAAAGAUAGUGAGUGGUCCUGUACUGUUCGGGUUGUAACUUACAGAUCCAGUGAAGGAACAGUGAAUUAUAUCAGCCCUGGUUUUGUUUUUCAUGGACUGACAAGGGCGUGUGCUGCAGAGAUACCAGAGCUCACGUUUCAGCUGAUUGAUCUCACAUCUGUUACUAGUGAUGACAUUGAAGCUCUGGUUUAUGUUCUGAAUACCUGCACUCAACAAGAAGUUAUAAUCAAAAAUGGUCAGAUUAAAACUAUGAGAAUAGUUCGUACACCUGUGACAGACUUAUGCACAAAUUCAAAUAAUGUCCACUCUGUGAAUUUAAAAGAGUUCUCACUCUGGACCAGUGAUCCUUACAGAAUCACCAACCUGUCUGCUUUCCCAAGAGACACCAGUGAAAGUCUUGAUCUGGAUUCAGGAUUUGUUGAAGUUGAACUAACAGAUAUUUGCAUUCAUUCUGCUGAUUACUUCCCUGUAAGCGCUUCGCAGUUAGAAUUUGGUGAUACCUUCUAUUGGAAUAAGCAUGUUACACAGAAACACAUGCUUCUGGCUUUAGAUUUCAGUGGUAUUGUUACUGCAGUUGGAAACAAUGUCAAAAAUCUUAAGGUUGGAGAUCACAUUGCCUCAUGCUAUCCGGUAAAAUCGUCUUCAAAGGUUAGAAUUCCAGAAGCAGCUUGUUUUAGUGUACUUCCAUAUCUGAAAGAAGCGCCAUGUGUUUCAUUUUUUGUGUUAGCAUGGGAGAUUCUACAACGACAGCUAGCUAAUGUGAAGAUGCAAUACAGAAAGUUAACUAUUAUUUCUUCAAACCCAGCUUCCACCAUGAUGAAAGUCUUAGCAUUGACAGCAAACCGCUCAGGAUGGAGUGUUUCAUCAGGGUUUGUUUGUAGUACAGAGCAUUUAGACAGGAGCCAUGCAGUUGUUUUUCUAGCACCAUUUGAGGAUUCUUGCAUUGCAAGUCUUGACCAACAUAAAGAAGAAACACACUUUGUUUUUGUCAGCAGUGGGUACAAGUCCUCCUCACCGUCUCUGAACAGGUUUACAGCGAAGUAUGACAACAUCCAUGUACAUAGAGUUCAUGUUUCUGAUGUCCUUCAAAAAGCCAAACUUCAAGCACAAAACAAAAUGAUCUCAAACUGGUUGGUAUCACUUGGAUUUGCUGCAGAAUCUCUGCCGCUAAAAAGAGAAGAAAAUCAAUGUAUUGAAUCCAAAGUGAAGGAUAAAAAUGCAGAAUCCUACUUUACUACAAAUGCAAUAAAGCAAGUUGCUCUUGCCCGUGGUCAAAUGGACUGUCCUAUGUUCACCAUUCCUGUGCAACCAAUGCCAAAACCACUUUUCAAGAAACAUAGCAUUUACAUUGUGACUGGUGGCCUCUCUGGUUUAGGGUGGGAGACAGUGAAAUUUAUUGCUGAGAAUGGAGGAGAUUGCAUUACAACCCUGUCCAGAAGUAGUCCGUCAGGCAAGAUUCAGAUAGCAAUUGAAGAACUCCAGAAAAGAUUCCAAGUUGAAGUCUUGAAUCUCCAAUGUGAUGUUUCAGAGUCAUUACAGGUUGACAAAGCCAUCUUGAAAAUUAAACAGAGGUUCCCAUCUUGUCCAGUCAAAGGAGUUUUUCAUAGUGCUGUAGUUUUACAUGAUAGUCUUAUAGAAAAUCUUAAUAGAUCACUCUUCCAGAAGGUGCUCCGGCCUAAGGUUUGUGGUGCUUUAAAUCUCCAUUAUGCCACACUCCACUACAAGCUAGACUACUUUGUCUGCUACUCAUCUGUUUCUUCUUUCAUUGGCAAUGCUUCACAGUGUAACUAUGCAGCUGCUAACUCUUUUCUUGAUAUAUUCUGUCAGUACAGGAGAACUCUUGGACUUGCUGGACAGUCUAUUAACUGGGGUCCUUUAAAUCUUGGUCUUCUGCUGAACAAAGACAAUUUCCAAAAGUUCUUGACAACAAAGGGGUUGAUGGUAAUGGAUGUUGGUGAGGUUCACGAGGCACUGAAAAUGUGUCUUUUGAUGGACAGAGUUCAACAAAUGAUCUGCAAGUUCGAUUUCAAGAAUCUUCAUCAACAUGUUCUUUCUCAAAAUACGUUUCUCAGAAAGCGACUGUCAGCAUUGGUGCAAACUGAACUAAAAGAUGUCUUAGAGAGUGAAGCCCCUGUUGUCUGUAGUUCUUCAACUGACAAGCGUGUGAGAAGAAUAGUGAGUGAUCUUUUUCAUGUCAGUGUUGAUGAGUUAAAUGAUAACACAUCUCUUUGUUUUUUAGGCAUUGACUCAAUGUUAGCCAUGACUCUGCAGAAUAAGGUUUUCCAAGAGACAGGUGUCAGUGUACCUCUGGUCAAAAUCUUAGACCCUAAAUGCACACUAACAACCCUGAUAACUGCUGUUGUGAAUGUGAAUAUGUGACAGCCCAGAAAGAGUAUAAAUGCACAGUUGUUCUCAAUUUUCCUCAAUUCAGUUUCAAUUCAAUUUUAUUUUUUCCACAAUUUUAAAUUAUAAUCCCACAAAGGCACACAUUUAUACAUAUAUGUAAAUGUGUUCAUAUCAUUGACAUUAUAUAUGCCUAUAUGUGUUAACUGUGAAAAAUAUUCCCUAGGAAGCUGGGAGUCUUGAGCUUCUUGAUUUGAUGAAGAAUUGUAACUGUAAUAGAAAGACACAUUUGUUUACAUUCUUAAAUGUUCUGUUAUAAAUAUGACACAUUGAAGUAUUUUCAUAUAAAUGCCUAACUACUAUGCAAUGUAGCUUUUGUUUUAGUUUUUUUCCAUUACAUUCUGG